CUCCUCUCUUGGCUUUACAUACUAAGCUAAAAAUAUGUAUCUGACGGCCCGUCCCAUCCCGAUCCCACCUACGGUUCCAAGGAACAAUUACUUCAAAUUACUCUGCACGUAUAUAUAAACAGUGUAAGGCUUAUCGUGGUUAUAUAUGAAUAAAAAUGAUGUGCAUGGCGAUCGCAUUGCAAGGCUGCCCGAGAUCCGAUGAUGACGCGGGGCGUUUUCACGAUGCGUCAGCCUCGUCUGAUAUUUUCUUCCAUCAUCAUCCAACAAUCACAUCGUCAUGGCUACAGUCAAUAACACAGAUCACUCCUUAUCUUAUACACACCCACGCAGCUGCACUGUCUGUCGGCAGCGCAAGGUAAAAUGCGACCGGCAGCGGCCCUGCACGAACUGCAUUCGAAAUGGGGCGGAUUGUCUCUAUCCGCCUGGCCCUGGGAGAGCGCCGAAGAGACCACGGAGAGUGGCUGAUACUAGAGUUCUGGACAGAUUGUCGCGGAUGGAAAAGAUCGUGAAGCAAUUUCAGAGCCAGGCUGAAGGAUCGAAUAAUAUGAAUACUGUGGAUGAAUCCAAAGAUGAAAAGUCUUCGGACACAGACAAGGUCGAGCAGAAGUUCGGUCUUCUGUUGAUCGACGAAGGCAGAAGCUGCUAUGUGAGCAACGUUCUCUGGGCCAGUUUCGGAGAUGCAAUUGGAGAACUGCGUGAUCUGCUCCAAGCAGAAGAGACAGAAGAUGCAUCCUUCGAAGCAGUCUCUGAGAAUCCUUCAUUGGGAUCAAACGCUGCCAUCAUGGGCUUUUGUUCUCUGGCCCAUUCAUUGCACCAGUAUCAUCCUCCCUUAUCCCAGUCUGCUGCUCUCUUGCAGAUAUUCCAGGAAAAUGUCGCUCCUCUUGUGCGCAUCUUCCAUAUGCCAACACUCUUUCGUGUGUUCUGGGAUGCGAUAGCUUCAUUGGACUCAGUAGACAAAAAUACUGAAGCUCUACUGUUCUCGAUAUACUAUUCGGCCGUUAUCAGCCUAGACUCGGAGCAGUGUAUAAGCAUCCUGGGUGUACCAAGAGCAAAUGCCCAGGAAACGUAUCGGUUUGCAGUCGAGCAGGCAAUGGCGCGUGCCAAUCUAUUAGACACAAAAAGCGUCAUUCUGCUCCAAGCAGCAGUGCUCUUCCUCACUGCUCUUCGAAAUGAAGACGACUCCCGCACUGUCUGGUCCAUGACAGCGCUCAUCUUCCAUAUCGCACAGGCCAUGGGACUACAUCGAGACGGUACAGCCUUUGGCCUCCGACCUCUCGAGACAGAACUGCGAAGACGACUCUGGUGGCACAUAUGUCUGCUCGACACCCGCUCGUCUGAAUACCACGGCUGCGAGAGAAUCGUCAACGACACCGUCUUUGACACAAAGCUGCCACUCAACAUCAACGACAGCGAUAUCACCCCAGUAAUGGCAGAAGCACCAGUCGAACAUGAAGGCGCAACAGAAAUGACCUUCUGCCUCAUCCGAUGCGAAGUCCUGCGCGUCGUCUGGAAAAUUAGCCACGCAAAGCCAAAAAACCGUCCAAGCAUGGCAGACCGCGAGAAAUUAAACCAAGAACUACGCAACCGUCUAGAAGACAAAUACCUGAAACAUUGCAAUCCAUCCGUUCCCAUUCUCCUUGUCGCGAGUACCGUCGCCCGUGUCGUCAUCGCCCGAACAUUGCUGAUGGUGCACUACUCGCCCAGCCAGAACGGCGUUCCAAACGUACCCCCAGACAUUCGCGAUCGUAUCUUUGCGGCAUCGAUUGAGCUCCUGGAACAUUUCAUUGUGAUACUCACGAAUCAAGACAUUGCUAAAUUUGCAUGGCAUUCGCGAACACACAUCCAGUGGCAUCUUCUUGCAUUGCCGCUGUCGGAGAUUUGUUCACGACCGCCGUCGAGUGAGUGUGACCAUGCGUGGGAGUGUGUGAAUACCGUGUAUAAUAAAUGGGAAAACAAAGAAUAUGAAAAGAAGGAGACGUUGAGGUAUCCUGUCAAGCGAUUAAUGGCGAAGGCACAAUAUGUGCGAGAUAUGCAGGGGAAGUCUCGAGAUCCACUGAUGCAAUUAUUCCCCGAGAACAAUCAGAUGGACAAGGGUGAAGCGGAAAUAUUUGAUUUGCUCUGUAGCAUUCCAGACGAUGCGUCGGGCUUUGACUGGAACGCAGGGAUGGAUGGGCUGUUUUUUCCAUAA